CGAAGCCGCAAAGUCAAACUUUAGUAGAGGAACCUAUAUGUAUACAGUAUACGUCAAAAACUAUAACAGAAUAGGUUAUAUGAUAUCAUUAUUGGCAACGUAACAUUAUUGAUCAACGAAGAAGAUGAAUAGUACUGAAGAACAAGAAAGAAACGAGAAGGAAAUAGAAGACCUAUCGACUAUUUUGUUUUGGAUAGAGCGUCCGUUUCUCGUCAUACUUCUCCUCUUCUCCGGCUUCUUCUCAGUUCUGAUCGGCCUUCUGCUUCUCCCUACUACUCUUCUCGCCAUAAUAUUCUUUUUCUUAUGCCCUCGACUCUCUUCUACUGGACCCUCUGGUAUCGGUGGGUUCUGGCUGUUUCUAUCAGACCGGUUCAUGUUUCUAUUGGCUCUAAGCUCUCAUGAAACCUUACUCGUUUGGCGUCUCACCGUUUUUAUCUCCCUCGUGAACCACUCUGUUUACAUCAUCGAGUACAUUGUUAGAUCUUAUAAAUCUCAUCAUACCAUAUCACUUCCUCCUCAUAAGUCCCACAUCGAUGAAGUUCCGAUAACCCCCGGGAUUGUUGAUGAGAUCAAUGAACUAGAGAAGAUGGGGAAGUUAUUAGAAGAGUUAAGAGAAGAUGGAAAGAAGAUGGAUAUAGAAACGGAGCUUAUCCUGCAAGUUAUCCACUCAGAUCUUGAAAAACAUAGAAAAACUUUGUCUAUGAGCCUCUUAGAGUUAAGUGAAGAGUUGGGAGAUGAUGGAGAAAAGAUAGGGGUGUAUAUGGAGCUGAUUAAGAACUUCGUUAACUCGGAGCUUGUAACUCUGAGAGGCGACCUGAACCUCAAUAUUAAUGAUCAUAUCUGGGGAGAUGUAUCAGAUGACCUAAGAUGUAGUAGAGAUGAGGAGGAUAUCAAAGCUUGGAGAGUAAAACUGAAAUCUCUGGCUGAAAAAGUUCAUGAGACCUACUUUGUUAUCCAAGAAACUGCCAAGGCGGCCAAAACAACGGCUGACAGGGCCACUCGAACCUACAUGGUUGUGGACGAAAUGUCAAAAGAAAUUGAAACUAAGAGUGGGAUGAUAAAAGAAGAAGCCCUUGAGAUGUUUUUAGAGUUAAGAGGAGAAGUCUGGGAAACGUUGUUGGACUUCGAAUCUAGAAAAGAAGAAGCGGAGGUUGCUGCGGACAGAGCUGCGGAGGAGCUUUCAUAUGCAAUGGUGGAGUUGAUGGAGGCAGUCAAGAUCCGUCCGUGGGAGGGUUAGAGAACCGGUUAACAGUUUGCAUGCCUCUCUAAUUAUAUUUCAGUCUCUUUAUUUUUUGUUUUGUUAGAUGAGUUUCAUUUUUAAUUAUGUUUUAGUGUUUGUAUUUUA